AGCGGUUGUGUCGUGUCGGGUUAUAAGUAGCAGGCCAGAUACCUGCGAGGCAUGAAUAAGCGCCCAUCUCUUGUUCAGCAACCUGUAGCUAUACGCACUUCCACCUCGUCUCAAAACAUCUUGCCGUAAUACCUCUGCCCAUCAUGCUCGGCUCUAAGAUCCUCUCCACCAUCCUCUUGGCGGCCGUCAGCGUGUCAGCACUCGCAGUGGAGAAAGUAGCCCCGAGGCAGAACGCCUGCGUGAUCACCUGCGGCUCAAUAUGCUACUGGCAAGAGAGCGUCGACGAGGCCGUGCAGAAGGGCUUUGAGCUGUACCAAGCGGGCGACACCGUCGGCUCCAACGACUACCCCCACCAGUUCAACAACCGCGAGGGCUUCGACUUCCCCGGCGCCUCCCCGUACUACGAGUUCCCCAUCCUGAGCUCCUUCGUCCCUUACACCGGCGGCAGCCCCGGUCCCGACCGCGUCGUCUUCAACAGGGCCGGCACCUUCCAGGGGGGCAUCACCCACACCGGCGCCAGCGGGAACAACUUCGUUGAAUGUACUUAAGUCACUUAACUUAGGGUUGUGUCUAGUGGUUUUUUGCAAGCGAGCUUGUGUCCCGGGCUGAUGGAAGUGUUAAGUCAGCCUGUAAUGGUGAUGCUUGGUGUAUGCUGCACCUUCUAGGGUGCUCUCCUCAUUAUUAUGGUCUACCUAGUAGCUUCAACGUUUUUGCUAUGCUGUCAUAUAGCUUAACUAAGCUUAUGCUAUAGAGAACAUGAUAGCUACAUAUACCUACUAGUCUCGUACAAAUGAAUGAGCAU